AAAUGUAAAAAAUAUCAAUUAUAACCUUAUCUCUAAUUUAUUUAUCCUCUUUCGUAUUAACUGCAGAUCCUGAUUAAACUUGCUUUGCUCAGACUGAAAACAAAAAAUAAUGCGCUUCUACUAGCGCAAAUAAAGAUGCAUGUAUAGCCAAAAAAUACGGUGUCGUAACUUCUGCAACUAAAGUUUCUCCCCUUUAUAAAGAAGACGGAUCUGCUACAGAUAAUUAGAAAUUUUAACCUGGAGAUUGUGUUGAUUGCAUGAAUAUCCCUUUUGCAUGUGGAGAUGACAGUACAGGAUGUACUAAACAUGGACAUUAUAAAAUAAAAUCUGAUACUGAUGCAAAUUGUGUAGCAACAUUUGGAGCUUUACAAUUAUUCUCUUCUGGUUUAUUAUUAUUAAUUUUCGCAUAAAUUUUGUGAUA